UGUGCAACCCUAUGCCAUCCAGAGGGGUCGACACACACACAAACACAGAGACCCCUCAGCAGAGCUCCUGUGCUUUAGCAGCCUCUGAGACGCAGAGGAGACCUUUAGGUCUGGAGCUGUAGCGGGGCAUGUUUUAUUUUGGGCAGGGAGCAUCAGUCUCUCCCCCUCCCUUGGAAGGGAAGAGUCCAGGCAAGGAUGCAGAGACCGGUUUUUAAACACGCGGAGCUGAGAGCAACAAGCUGCAGCCUUUAACCAUUCAGCAACAUUCAACAGGGGGUCAAGAUGCUGAUAACUGUGACACCACCCCACGAGCCAGCCUCCCUACACUCACAGGCUCCACCCCCUCCUAUUCUACCAAAGCCUGGAAUGGACAAUCUUAAAUUACAGAGACUCUUGAAAAAAGCAGCCAAGAAGAAAGCAACGUUAUCAGCACAGCAAGCCGCAUCAUUCCGGACCAGCCUCUCCCCUGUGAGUGAAGCCAGCCCAGACUUGGAGCACAAUGACCGCUCUUCCCCACGGAAGCCUACAGAAACCACAGCGCACAUCACCAUCAACCUCCCGCCCCGCUUUUCCAUCAAGCCUGUCACCCACCACGUCUCGUCUCCCUUCCCUAAAGGAAAACCUUUCACGUUCACCGCUGCAGAGCAGAGGAGCAUUUCGGAGCAUCUCAAACUCGCCAUCUCGCCCUCCCCAUCGCCAUUUCACAGACAGAGCACCCCUGAGCCUUUGUGGCAACCCAGAGGAGACACACACACACACUUGCCCUCUUCGAGCGCCACACAUUCUGUGUUCAUUUUCCCCGAGCACCCCGUUUCCCCCACACCUGUGGUGGUAGAGACCCCAGCGGCAGUCACCCAUGUUACCGAAACACACGCCUACAUUCACAGCAUGCAGGCACCGCAGGCGAAGACCCCCGUGUUGGAACAGUCAGCAGGGUCUCCCAAGAGGCCCACCACACCUACCCAUUUGCAGACAAAUCACUCACAUCCGCCACCAAGCCAGGUGCCAGCCAUGCCCUUUGCAAGCCAAACCAGGCCAAUUAGUCCUAGACUAGAGAUGACUCCAGUCCCUGAGCCUCCCAUCAGGACAGUGAAAACUGCAAUACUGCAUGUCCCCAGACAGCACAUAGUGGUCACAUCCCCAACUCCUCAGUUCCCAAGGCCUGUGACUCCAGGAAGCAACAGAGGCCUUGAACCACACGGCGAGGCCCAGAGGCAGCCAAGUCCCAGCGCCCCUCAGAAGCCCACCAUGCCAGAGGUAGUUACAUCUGCUCCACCAGCUGUUGGCACCCCUGCUCUCUCACCAGAAAACAGGGCUGACAAGCAGACUGUAUUGCCACAGGCACCUGCGGUUUCUCCAAGCACUGCAGGCCCCCUACCAAAGCCUAAGCCACCAGUCCCUCCCAGAAGCAAACUUAGUGGCUGGUCUCGCCUUAAAAAGCACCUGGUCGUGGAGUCGGAAGAGCCCCAGUUUCCGGUCUCAGAGGCCGAGCCAGCCAAGCCUGAGCAGGUGGGAGAAAAGAAGGCAACAGAAGCCUCUCAAGAGGGCCCUGGUCAGAGAGGAACCAAGUCCAGAGCUGUCAAGAUGUGGGAUGCCAUCUUGUAUCAGAUGACAGUCAGCAAAGAGAAAAAGCAGGCAGCAGAGGAAAAGGAAGUCAGGAAAGAAGGAACAUUCUCGUUCCGGCGGCGUCUGCCCCUUCUCCUCCACAGGCCGCGCUUUGACGCCCGGAAGCUGAAAGAGCUGGCUUCCAAACCCAUGACAAAGAUCACUACCCUAUUUGAGGUGCGUCGAAUCCAAGCCCAGCCGCCCGAAGCCCUGAUGAGUUUCAACAGGGCUGCAUCGGGGUGGCAACUUGAAGGGAAGCAAUGAAUGAAUCUGCAUUCCCCUGAAAGGCUUCUUUUGGAGGAUACAUCCUGAGCUGGGAGGAGCUGAAAUAAAUACACGAGUUUGCCAAAAGGAGGAAUCGCGCAAUAGGAAAAUUAAUAAAAUCUGUCACAGGGUUGCUGUUUGUGUACCUGCAUGUAGUGACCAUAAGUAAGUGAGAAAGGAACAUGAGGUGAACACCUCUUUCCCCUCAAGUCUUAUUUUCAUAAUGCAUUCAGUUUCAAGUCGAACAGCAAAUCAAAAGCAAAGACCAAUAGUUUUAAAGGCUCUCAAAGGCAGUUUUAUACAGUUGAAUCAACUGUAUAACAUUUCUUAAUAACAAGGCAGCACUCAGCAAUGUGCGUUUAAGGCUGCCAUAUAGUCUUUAGGC